UCAUUUGUUAGAUCUAUAUAAACACACAAACAUCUUUGGAAACGUUUCACAUGUAACGGAAAAAUCCUUGACAUAACACUGGUUUGGAUUUGCUUUUUUUCAAUCGACUUUUAAGAAUAAUUAUUAUAUUAUUUUUAUAGAAGAUGAUUUAUUGUGAAUUGUGAUGUAUUAGAUCGGUGGUAUAAAACUUCUCAACAGAAAAAACACAGAACUAGUGAAAUGGCAAUUUUCGACGCUAUUUUUACAAUUCGAUUAUUGGUUAUUCUAGUUUCUAGUUUUUUUGUAACUACUUGUAGUGCUAGAAAAGAAUUGGAAUGGUGGCAGACCACGGUUAUUUACCAAGUUUAUCCAAGAAGUUUCAAGGAUAGUGACGGAGAUGGAGUGGGAGAUUUGAAAGGCAUUGAACAAAUGGCCGAUUAUUUCAAAGAGAUUGGAGUCGGCGCAGUUUGGUUGAAUCCCAUUUUCGAAUCACCCAUGGAGGAUUUCGGAUACGAUAUUUCAAAUUACAGAAAAAUAGAUCCAACUUUCGGAAGCAUCGAUGAUUUGGUCAGUUUGGCGAAAAAACUGAAAUCAAUGGAUAUAAAGCUGAUCCUGGAUUUCGUCCCCAACCAUUCCAGUGAUAAGAAUGAGUGGUUCCAGAAAUCAAUCAAGAGGGAAUCUCCUUAUGACAACUACUAUAUUUGGAAGAAGCCAAAAGGAUACGAUAAUAAAGGCAACCCUAUACCACCCAACAAUUGGAUUUCUGUGUUCAACUUGAAAAGUGCAUGGACUUUCAACAAGCAACGGGGAGAGUUCUAUCUGCAUGCCUUCCUUGAUAAGCAGCCAGACUUGAACUACAGGAGUGAGGAGCUCAAACAAGAAAUGAAAGAUAUCCUCACAUUCUGGAUGGAUAAGGGGGUGGAUGGUUUCAGAAUCGAUGCAGUGCCCUACCUAGUGGAGGAUGACUCUUUCGCAGACGAAGCCUACAUUGAUCCAGAAGGUUCUGAAAUUGACUAUUUCAACCUCGUUCACAAUAUGACCAUGGAUCAACCAGAAACCUUCAUAGUUAUCAAGGAAUGGAGGGAUUUGCUGGACAAAUACACAAGGGACCACAAUACAACUCUCAAGGUCAUGCUAACGGAAGCCUACACUAGUUUCAAUAAAACAAUGAUGUACUACGGUAAUGCCAGCUACCCCAUCUCUCAGAUGCCUUUCAACUUUCAGCUGAUAUCUCGAGUGACGCCCCAGUCUAAUGCCACCGAUAUUGCUGACGUGGUCACGACGUGGCUCAAAAAUAUGCCCGAUGGUACUUGGGCUAAUUGGGUGAUAGGCAACCACGACAACUUCAGGGUGGCCACCCGCUAUGGCGUGGAGAUGACGGAUGCCCUGAACAUGUUGGUCACCCUGCUGCCGGGGACGACGGUCACCUAUUACGGCGAGGAGCUGGGCAUGGAGGAUGUGUUCGUGAGGUGGGACCAGACGGUCGACCCCCAGGGCAUAGUGCUCGGCAAAAACAAGUACCUGACUGCCACGAGGGACGCCUGUCGGUCGCCCAUGCAGUGGAACAGUGGCAUCAGUGCCGGAUUCAGUACCAACGAGCUGAACUGGUUACCGGUGAAUCCGAACUAUUGGAGAAUAAAUGUCGAGGCCCAGAGGAAUAGUAAAGUCAGCCAUUUGAAGAACUAUAAGUACCUUGUUGAAGCCCGAAAAACGGAGACCAUCAGAUACGGAUCCUUCAACUCGUACACACAGGGAGACUGGAUACUCAUCUUUACAAGGAAAUUGGAAGGUCAUCCCACAUUCCUAGUAGUAAUCAAUAUGGGAACUGAGGAGGCUCACCCUGAUCUGUCCAAAGUCAACAUUAACCACUUGCCUGAGAAAAUGUGGGUCUAUGUAUCCAGUAUCAACUCCUAUCACCAGAGAGGAGAUUUUGUGAGCACUUCCAAGGAUAUCCUACAUUUGAGACCGAAAGCUGCAUUGGUACUCACUACGCAGAAAACUGGAAAAUCAUCAGCUUCAAUUUCCACAGUUUCCAUGCUGGCUAUCGGAUUCAGUUUACUUUUGAAAUUCGUCAUGAAUUGAGUGUUAAAGUUAUAGAGAGAGAACGAGUUAUUAAAGUGUUCACUUUAUAGGUAAGGGCUACUCGAAUUUAUGAGAAAAUGGAACCCACACACUUGAAAAUGACAUUAUAAAUCGAGACAUUUUGUGAGAAAAAAAUAAAGUUGAAGAAAUAGUACAUUGAUUUAUCGAUUUUUACAUAAAUAAUUACAGUGAUACGACAUUCAAACUUCUAUUGAUUAAGAAUGAAUAAAACAAAGUUAGGUCAAGACAUUAAAUCUAGUUUGUAUUCGAUAGAGCUAAAUAGAUACCAAAUAAUUUGUUUUAACACUUUUCAAAAUGAUUGCCAGAAAAAUUAUCAACAUACAUUUUCAAGAUACGCUAUUGUUCAAUGUUUAUCGUUUCAUUCCACUGUAGGGAGAUAAAUAAAAUUUUUAUAAAACUU